AUUUUUUCAACGCUUCUCCAGGGGUCCGACACAUCGCUUCCACGCACAAAUAUAGCUUUGCACCAGCAUUGCGACGUUCGAUACACGUCAGCAUUCAGCUUACCAAAAAUACAUCGCAUUCAAAUUUCCACCGGCAGCGAUCGAAUCCAUCCAUCGUGUACCACGCUCGAGCUUGGAGCUCCGUGUCGCAUCUCAUGACGCGCCGCCUCCUCGACUGACUCAAGAUUCACCGACCGCAAAAGAGCUGCCUGCUGUAGCAACCAUGCGCCGUUCUGCCAUUGCAUUUAAUUUAAUCGAUUCGUCUUCAUCACAGUAGCUAGCAACAAGCUGCAAUGCAAAGCGGGAGCCACGCAAUUGGCGCCCGGCCGAACGGACGUCCGACGCAGUUCCAAGUGAAUCACGAGAGCCGCAAGCCGUUAUUCUCCAGCAGCACCGCGCGGCCCGAUGACAACGACGAAAAUGGGCUGCACGUGUACACGGCGAGGACGCCGGCCUUUGGACGAGGAGGAGCUUCAGGGACCGCGGGCGGUGUCGACAAUAAGAAAGCGAGGCCGUCCUCGGAGAACUUGGCCAACGCCAGCGUGGUCUCUUCAGGGGGCACGCGCAUCCCGCGAAUGAACAGCCUGCCGCAGACGCGCCGAAAGCCUAUAUCGCUGCGUGAGGCCAUGGAGAUGGCAGAGGGCGAGGAAGAGGCGGCAAAGCUGAUGUCAGAGGCCGGCCUGGACAAUCCUGUUCCCGUUGACGGGUCGCCCAGCCCUGCGCCGCGGCCCUGGAGAACGAGGACAGCGUCCGAAGUCUCAGAACUGCGGCGAAUACAGGGAGAGGACCAUCUGGACACGAAGGCGCGAAGCAAGAUCCCGUCGGUGCGCAAUCCCAGCUUCAGUGCGACUCUGGUGGGAGGCAAGGAAGCUGCGGUGGGAGCAUCGCCAGCAAGGGCCACCCUCCUCAGCGGCGGCAACGGCCUCGCACGGCAGCGAUCGAACGAAUUUGCUAACCCAGCUCUUCGUAACGCACUGCGAUUGGGCCCUAGAGCUGCCUCGACCAUUGGCGGUGAUAGCAAUGGCCUUCCCGAUCUAGUCCCAGGCAUCGAGGAUCCGUUGUCUUCUAUCGAUCCUGCUCUCUCUGCAGCAACCCUGGUUCAAGAAUCUUCUCCAGAUAAGAGCUUUGCGUGGCAGAUGGAUGAAGAUUUUACCGCCGGCGAGCUGCAAAUAUCCGAUAGUCCUCGAGUUAGGGUCGGCGUUCGGCCAUUUGCCAGCCGGCUGGGAUAUCGCGACGGUGAAAAGCAAGACUUUGACAGCUUACCUCGAAUCUCCAACCCAGGUUCACGCAACACAAAACUAGACGAGAUACGAUCACUAGAGCUCAAGGCAAACGGCAGCCAGAUACCAUUUGCGGGCUCAGCACGCCCAAGGCCAGCAAACACAAAGUUGGACGACAUACGCACAAGAGAAGGUCAAGUAGAGCGCCAGAUUCCGCUGCCGAGCCGACACCUGGAUACGUUAAAAAACACGAGACUGGAAGAGAUCCGGCAGCGCGAAGCCGACGGAGUAUCGAGACGGGCAUUCGCCGCAGCUCGCCUUCAGGAAAUCAAAGAGCAAAACGCCAUGGCACGCCCCCGGUCACCCGACGACGACUUCAAAUCCCGUGCGGCCUUUGGGUUGGCACGCCGGCGCCUGGCCAAAACUGAUGCGGCUGAUGAAGCGAAAAAGGAGGAAUUGCCACCAUCACGAAUUGGGGGAGGAUUUGGUUUUGGGGGGGUUGGUGGUAUUGGUAAGACGGUAUCAGAUACGCCCGCAACAGCCUUUAAGCGAGACCUGAGGCGUGCAGAGGAGAAUACAGCAGCAAAGCUGGACAGCGAAGAGCAUAAAAAGGACAGCGCGAUGAAGCCCAAGCUGUUUGAUCGAAAAUACGACGACAGAGACCUGUUGCGACGGCUGGCAAGGGCCGCCAGCUCCCCGACAGCUGAGACCGAGUCCCGCGCAAAGCAGCUGCCCACCGCUGCGCCAGCUGACGAAGAAGAUAAACAGACCGCUACCAAAUCAAUCGCCGAUAGAAUCGCCUCUCGCCUGUUUGCUUCAAAGCGCGCUUCUUCUCUUCCCACGCCUGAGACUAAAGCAGCGACUGACGGCAGCGCUAAGGAUUCCGAAAAGCCAAAGCCUACGGUGGGAUUUGCCGGUCUGCAGCGCACACGAUCGAUUGAAUCAAUUAAGAGCAAGCGGUCCAGUAUGCAGUCAGAACCGGACCCGACAGAUAGGAUAGAGGCGGAGAUGAAGUUGUUUGCGCCUUCGGACAACCAUUCUGAACGCGGCUCUCUUCGCGCGCCCUCCCCUCCUUUUGACGAUGAAUCGGAUGAUGGUAACGUUAGGAUCAAGGACGAGCCCGAAGCAGAGGCGACGCCGAAACCCUCCAAGCCGGAUCCUUUAUCCAUGCCGACUCCAAGAGUGACCGGCGCCUAUGUCGAAACGCCAGUUACGGUAAAGACAGAGAAAGCAGUGCUCAAAUCCGAAGAUAUCAAAUCAUCUGCGGAACCGUUCUUCCCGGAUAGAAAAUUGACCUUUUCUUCCUGGAGAAACAGAGAUCAAGACGCAGCUUCGGACCCCGGCACGACUGAUGACGGCGACUCUGUAAUCUCAAAGUCGGCAGUCGUUAGAAAGCGAAGGGCAAAGUCGCUGCCUCAACGCAGGCUGCCCAUCAAGAACUCGGUCAAGCUUCCCUCUGUCAAGGAUGACAUGAUGGAGCUGCGCCGCGCAUACAACAUUGACGACUCGACAUUUGACGAUUUAGAUGAGAUUCUAUCUGGCAGGAGUCUAGCCAGGGCUGCUAAAGACUUGAAGAGCGGCAGCUUUGGCCGGUCCUCGGCAGUCGACCUUGAUCUAGACCUUGAUUCAGAGUUUGACUCUGCGGACUUGAUUAAGAGAGAAGGCAAAAAGGACGGUAAAUCGUCAAAUUCCGACGGCGAAAUUGCUGCUUAUGAGCGAAUGAAUAAGACGCUGCAAACUGGCCUUUUACGGAUUCGCUCGGCAAAGCAAGGCAUCGAACGCAUCGAGGAUCGAUUCUCACGAGCCCAACCAUUCUCGCAGGGAAAGAAGAACAUGACUAAAGCCCCUGAAGGCCACGAGCACCAUGGUCACCUCAGCCCUCAGGCAGGAUGCCCGUACUGCACGUCGCCGUCGGGUGCUACUACAGUCACCUAUCUUCAUCUCGCGCUGCCACGACUAUACCACCAAGAUCCUACUUUCCGCCUCACCUGGCUUGGUCUGCUUGUUUUCAUUCUCUCAACAUGGUAUGCCGCCGAGUCAGCCAUGUGCGCCAUGUACUGUCGACCAACCACCUGUCCUGCUUCCAAGUCGCCUUGCGUCUGGUCCUUUGAUGACCCGACAGAUUUCGGCACGGCCAUACCCAUCAAACUGGACCAGUGGAUCACGGGCGGUGGAGGGCGCCAAGUGGCAUCAGUUGUAUAUGAAGAGGCUUACGAUUGGAUUGCCGAUAUACAAGACCUGGCUUUGGGGCUCGACAUUGAGGACGUGGAUAUGGAGACGCUCUCACCCGAACAGAAGCGUCGGCAUAGACGCCGUCUGAGGAAAAAGGGCCUUUUGGCUGCUAGAGAACCGCGACCGGAAGACCAGGCGAAAUGGGACGAGUGGCGAGCAGCAAGAUUGGCAAAGGAGCGAGGUGAAGAGGUGAGGCCUCAGGUAUAUAGCAAAAGCACAGCGGCGCCGACAGAGGAUGAAGAGAGUGGAUGGGUUAAGGUGAAGCGAAGCUGGGGGAAAUGAGGGUUUUGGAGUAGUUUUUGCGUGCUGUGGUUCGUUAUAUUUUGUAGUUUUAUAUGCUCUUUUUUUUUUUUUUUUACAAUAAGCUUAUUAACGAGAUAAUGAUGAAAGCUGGGGAAAUGAAGAAUCAAGUUGGAGUUACGGAACUAUAAUAUAUUGAAUGUGACAAUAGUAAAUACAUUUUGUGUUUUAGGAGUGAUCUUGGUACUUGGGUUGAAG